AUGAUGUUUGUUUCUCUUCGAGCCACCACGCUUUUGUUUACAUUGGCUGGCAACUGUCUAGCUGCUAUCGACUGUAGAUACAAAGCAGACACCCGAGAUAAUGUAAACUAUUACACAUGUACGGAACUUGCGUUGAGAUAUCAAAUCUCGACCGAGCAGCUCUUCCUGUUCAAUCCAGAUCUCAAGACGGACUGUAGCAACAUCAAACCCAAUACCAAGUACUGUGUAGCUGGAGUUACAGCGGUAACUGUCACAACAGAUGGCUUCUGUGGUCCUAAUCACGGAAAUGCUUCGUGCAGAGGAUACUCAGGUGGUCAAUGUUGCAAUUCUGAGACCUGGAAGUGUGGCAAUUCCGCGUCGGACUGUCAAGCGGGAACAUGUUUUGAGGGGGGGUGCACCGGGUUCCCGACCGAGUUCUCAUUGAAUGGCGGCUCAUGUGGUUCGCAAAACAAGUAUCUCAAGUGCGGUGGUAAGUGGGGCGACUGCUGCAAUAAUAGUGGUAAAUGUGGUACGGGAGAGGCAUUCUGUGGCAAAACAUCUUGUCAAUCUGGCAAUUGCAGCAUACUGCACGAGACUGCUACUGCGGGCGCUGCUGUACCAUGGCAAACUGGCACAACUCCUGACGGGACAUGUGGAGGUGCCAAGGGCCAUACUUGCGACGUUGUCUUUGGCAAUUGUUGUAGUAAAGACGGAGUUUGUGGAGGAUUAGAGACACAUUGUGGUGCGGGAUGCCAAGAGGCAUUCGGACUCUGCAAAAGGCAACUGGUGACUCCUGGAAGCGUCUCUCCAGACGGUAGUUGCGGAUCAAGCAGCGGCUAUGUCUGCCAAGGCUCCCCUGCGGUUCCACAACUGGUCAUUGUACCGCUGGCUGCCAAGCAACAUUUGGCUCAUGCACAAAAACAGACAGCUCCCCUGAUGGGACAUGCGGAGGAGCAAAUAAGUUCAAGUGCGCAGGAUCUGGUUUCGGUGACUGUUGUAGCUCCUCUGGCUUUUGUGGCAGUACCGCAGGUCAUUUAUCUCCUGAUGGGACUUGCGGAGGAACGAACAAGUUCCAAUGUGUCAGCUCCGGCUUUGGAGAAUGUUGCAGCUCUUCUGGGUAUUGUGGCCGAACUGAUAGGCACUGUACUGCUGGCUGUCAGACCGAAUUUGGCACUUGUACUGCUCCCGAUUUGUCCCUGGAUGGGACCUGUGGUGGUGCAAACAAAUUCAAAUGUGUCGGCUCAGGAUUUGGAGACUGUUGUAGCUCUGCUGGUUACUGUGGAAGUACCACUGCGCGAUCGACCUUUGGAAAUUGCUGCAGUUCCUCCGGCUAUUGCGGAACCACGACAGGCCACUGCACAGCUAGUUGCCAAACGGCUUUUGGAACUUGCACAAGCACCGAUCUAUCACCAGAUGGCACUUGCGGCGGUUCUAAUAAGUAUAAAUGUAAAGGAUCAUCAUUUGGAGACUGUUGCAGCCCAAGCGGCUUCUGCGGAGCUACGACUGAUCAUUGCGGUGCUGGCUGCCAACUCACCUUCGGGACGUGUGCAGCUGUCACUACGAUUUCACAAGCUCCUAAGCCGACCGACGUAUCCACCGAUGGCGCUUGUGGAUCAAACGGCAAAAAAUGUCAAGGUAAUGGGCUGGGAGAAUGCUGCUCUCGAACGAACUUUUGUGGAAGCACAGUAAACCAUUGCGCUCAAGGAUGUCAAACAUUAUUCUCGAGCGCUUGCUUGAAAAGUAAUGUGCCAACCCUGGAUGGCUCGUGCGGUUCAGCAAAGGGAGGUUUCACUUGCGCUGGAGGGCCAUUUGACGGAAACUGUUGCUCUGCAGGUGGAUUUUGUGGAAACACGGCUGCACACUGUGGCAGUGGAUGUCAAAAAACCUCUGGAAAAUGUACGUGAGGAGUAGGACAUUUCAAUCCAAAUAUGUUUCUAGAAUAUGUGGCGCAUGGCAUGUCUGUAAAUAAUUGAGGCUAAGGACAUUAUAUCAGGACAGUGCGAC